AUUCUCUAUUUUGGUAACAAAGGUAAAAUUUUAUUUUUGAUUGGUUUUAAAUGGCAACUUCUGAAGAUUUUUUUCAUUCACAUCGGGAGAAAAUUCGUUCACUUUUAGUAGUCCUUCACCAAGAAAAUGACGAUUUAAUGUUUUUCUACACCGAAGGUGUAAGACUACAAUAUGAACUGAAUUCAGAAGUUGAGAAACUAGAAAAUAAUAUUAAACAAUUGUUGAGCGGAAGUCAGUAUUUGAAAUCUUAUGCAGCAAUAGCUCGGGCUUCAGAAGCAAUUAAACAUGUGAAAAAAUAUUAUCGCCAUCAAAUGGAGUGCACGGAUAGCGCUAUUGAUUUCAUAGUUAGGAGUGCACAAAAGGACUUCUCUGAACUUUUAAAAGAAAAAAUAAAUUUAAAAGGUAACUUUGAGGAAACAGUUAAAUAUUUGAAAAAAUUCCUCAGGGAUGAGGGGUAUCCUUAUAAGAAAAGUGUCAGUUCCAGACUAUGUGUUCUACAAAAAACAUACAUUGAAGAUGUGUGUUUAAUCAAUAGAAGGGAAAAUAUAUUGAGAACAUUGUUUCAAGAGUUGUAUUAUCGUGGUUUGGAUGGUGUAAAUAAGGAUGGUCUACUUACAAAUGCCGAAUGGUAUCAGACACCCUUUAGUGAAGAAAACUUCGAAUACGAUGAUGAACAAGAAAGUGCAACUCAUGGAGGAAUCACAUUACCAAAGAUGACUGACCCAGAUGAAAUUCUUACUGACCUCUGCUAUUUAUUUGAUGAGAAAAGUAAGUUUCACAUUGCCAAACAAACCAGCAAGAGACAAUACGUAAGUAUCUGUCGUUAUAUGUACAAGUAUUCGGAUAAUUCAAGCGAUAUUUCGAGCGAGGAUUCGAGACGCAAUUCUAGUGAUAUUGAUGCUUCAGACGAGGACUCGGAUUAUUUUAAGCAUCCGAAGUAGUUAAAUUUCUCGUUUUUAUUAAUUAAAUAUUUUAAUGUGUUAUUACUUUGUUCAGAAUUAAACGCUUAGUUA